UUAAUUAACUAUAACAAUGUCCCCUAUAUACCCUCCAAGCUAACACCUAAUUUAAUUUCUGAAUGUACUUAGAACAAAACAUAAUGAUUAAUCCAUUGCUGUGUGUCCCACUAUUACUGAUGAAUUAUUGUGAAUAAAAGAUUUGAUUAGUGUUAUUGCACAAAUUAAACCUGCUUCCUUGAAAGACUUUUAAUUUGUCUUUGCUUCGAAGCAAUGAAAUCCUUAAAGCAGAGAGGAUGCAAGGCCUUAUGCUGCAGCAGUUGUAGGAGGCUUAGUGUGUCUUCCACAGAGGAAGCAGAGAGUUCGUCAGCCUCCGAUCGGUUUCCUUCCGUGUCGAGUGUCGCACACGCCAUGGUGCAAGAGAGACUUGACCAGUUGAUUAGGGAGAGGAGGAUGAAAGAGAGACAGAGGAGGCAGCAAAGCAGAGCCAGAGAAAGAGAGAGAACUAAGUUUGUUGUGAUGGUGGCAAUGGAGAAGUGCUCUUAUGAUCCAAGAGAGGAUUUUAGGGAGUCCAUGAUGGAGAUGAUAACAGCAAAUCGCAUCAAAGAAGCCAAAGAUCUUCGUAGCCUACUCAACUAUUAUAUCUCCAUGAACUCCAAUGAGUACCAUAGUCUUAUACUUGAGCUUUUUCAUGAGGUUUGUACUAAUUUAUUCUUAUCAUGUAAAUGUCACUGGUAGUAACCAUCAAGUUAAGGCUAUUGUGAAUCACAUAUGUUAGAUUAGAUUUGGAUAGGCGACAAAUAUAACCCACAAGUUUUUUGAAUCCCUGCUGUUAAGACAUCCUUAAAUUAAAGCAUACACUUGCUUUAUCCAAGUACUAUAAUUAUUCUAUUCACCUACAUCACAUGUGAGUCUUAUCAGAUAUUUAUA